GCUGUAGCAAUCGGCUGCCAAAAUAAUCCAAUUUUCAACUUCAAGCCCAAUGUCUCUCGAUCCUGGCUCUAGAAUUCCUUCCCCCUUAAGCUCUGGCCGCUCAUCUCCUCAGCCAAGGUUAAGGUUUCGAAAUGACGACGGUACGAAUUACCACCAAGCUGGAUACUCGCACAGACUAUCAGUUAACAGAGCUUGCCUACAGAAGUUACAAGAAAAGACCCAAAAUACAAACGGUAUUCUACAACUAUCGAUCGUGCACUUGCUCUAUUCGAGAGCUACAGUCUACAAGAAUGGGCUGAUUAUAUCUCGUUUCUUGGCCGACUUCUUAAGGUUACUGAUAAUCCUUACCUCUCUGGUGGGUUCUGUUAAAGUUAGCAGAGCCGUGCUAACCCGUUUAAAAUAAAAGAAAUAGGCACUCCAAUCUCACCCCUCACUACCUUUAAUACCGUCAAAAGCCCUCAUAGCGAAACGACUGGCACAAUGUCUGAAUCCACAACUUCCCUCCGGAGUUCAUCAGAAGACUAUUGAAGUUUAUUCCCACAUAUUCUCCAUGAUUGGGCGUGAGGGACUUGCGGCAGACCUGACUCUAUGGACACCCGGUCUAACACCGGUCCUUUCAUACGCAUCCCUGACCUUGAAACCCCAUUACCUUACGCUUCUAGAGAGAUUCUACCUUCCGCUUUCAACCGCUUUACGGCCGGCUCUAAAAGGUUUAGUAUUAGCCUUACUUCCCGGUAUUGACGAGGAAGGUGGUGAAUACUUUGAUCGGACACUAGCCUUGAUAGACGAAGUUCGAAAUGGGGUUUGUGAUGAUGCAUAUUUCUGGCAGUGCUUUUUAUUAGCGACUAUUACAAGCCCAGGCAGGCGGCAGGGGGCACUGGCUUUCUUGGGAAGGAGACUCCCGAAGCUAGAUUUCGAAAGAAGGGGAGGUAAUUUAGGGUCAGAAGGAAGUGAUGCUGAAGCGCUAGUUAGCCCCGAGCCUGGGCUUUUAAUAAGGGCCUUCUGUGCGGGCCUGAACGAUGAGCAGAUCUUGGUUCAACGAGGUUUCCUAGACUUACUAGUAGGGUCCCUGCCGCUUUGCUCAAAAAUCCUGCAAGAGCGAGUGAGCAAACCUGAUCUUGAACUUCUGGUGACCUCGGCAGCCGGGGUAGUUUUACGGAGAGAUAUGUCACUCAAUCGCCGCCUCUGGGCCUGGUAUCUCGGACCGGAAGGGCAAGAGCUGCGCAAGAACAAUUACUUUGGGGAAUGUGGUCUCAAUGCCUUGAUUGGAGGGUUAGAGAAGAUGCUCGAUCAGCCGGUGGGGGUUAGUUCUGCUGAGCGGGCAAAGCCGUACAGGAUUUGCCUUUCUUUAAUGGAUCGCUGGGAGGUCGGCUCUUUGGUUAUCCCAAAACUGUUUUUGCCCGUGGUUGAAAGUGUAAGGCAAUAUGAGAAAUCGGCACCGAAUAAGGAACUCUAUGCAGAGGUCCUCAAGAGCGCCCGAAUGUUUUUUGAUGGGGUUGAAGCAUCGCUCAUUUGGGGGCAAAUAUUGGAAAAGGUUACACAGGCAUUUUCGGCCCGGGAAGGGACGGAAGCAGAAGAGAUAUUGGAGAGCGUGCGUUUUGUUAUCCGAACUUUCAAUGUGAAUGAGGAAGAGAUGGUGGUACUACAUACUCCCUUAUUGGUACUAGCAGUGCUCGUAGAACUGGGAAAGGCCUCGAAUGGGGGACUUGGAAGGGCAUUGCAGGCAAAGGGUUUCAGAAUCGCUGAGGAUCUAUGGCAAAUGGUGCCUGAGAGAGUCUUCAAACCAAUACCGGCACAAGGUGCUUCAGAACCAGAACAUGCAGACAACGCAAUGAUUUUGGAUGGAAUACAGAAGUUUUAUAGAUAUAGUGGAGGAUCUGUGGUGGGACCGCCAUUCCCCAUCCGGAAUGUAGGUCGAUGGGUUCUUCAGGAAGCUGCCAAGGCAGCUCAAAGCGCCCUAACGGGCCCCGAAAACGAUGAAGACAUAAGGGUACGGUGCCAUUUACUGGUCAACGUCAUACAGAAAACCCCCCAGCUCCAAUACUGGAAGGAAUCAAUACAGCUCGCCCAAUCUUUCCUCGCCGUUCUGUCCAAUCCAGCCGUGCCUUUUGCCGCAUUACAAGGGAUCGCCAAUGUAGUGGCUUCUUUGUACACUAAGAGUUACAUAUCACCGCAUGACAUCGGGUCCCUGAUCCUGCCUAUUGUUAAAAAUAUCUGGGGCUAUUUGUCACCUGAUAGACCUAAAUUUCAUGUGGAAGCGGUAAAGGCAAUUUGGAACCUUCAGAUGGUCCUAGCGGAUAGAAAAAUAGAAGCUGCAAUUGCAACUGUGAUGACCGAAGGUGAUGUUGGUGGUGUCUAUUCCGCAAGGAACGCGGAGCAUGGGCGGAAAUUCAGUGUGCUCUGGAUGCACAGUAGCAAUCAUCCUAGUGGUGCAAGUGGGCUACAAAUGGUCUUAACAAGACCAUUGUUCUUAUUUCUGGAUGCGCUGGGGGAUGAUGGAUUGGAGGUGGCUGUUUUUGCUCGCGGCUGGCUUCAGAAUCUUGGGACCGUUCAUAGGUACGUUGCGCCGGGUUCACCUUAGAGAAUAUCUAAUAACUCAUUUUUGAAGGUUGUUCAGUGUGUUCAUUACAAAACUUCUCGGAUUUGGUUUCCUGAGAGAUCCUUGCCAUAGAGAUGCCAAAGGCGCACCGGUUGAAAGACAGCUGUUCGGGGAAAACGACGAUCUGGAGGUAGCUACCUACUACUUCCAGACGCUGUCAAACAUCUUGCAGUAUUCCACAAACACAGUAUUAGCCGCGCUAGCGAGUGAAUUGGUUAUUGGGGCUGACGGAGCUCGGGCUAAGGCCCUCGUGGAAGGUAAGGGACCGUUCCCCAAUAAAAUCAAGUCUUGUGUAGCUAACGCUUUCGCUCUCGCCAGCCGGAUACGGGGAAGAUGAUAUGACUCUCCAAACAUUUUUUGUCAAGGUUGCUGUGAGAGCCAUUGAGGGUGAUGCCAAAGAGAAAAUAGAUGUCGAGCGAGUAUCUCGCCUCCAGAGGACAGCGUUGAAAGUGCUACACCAACUGCUCCUGAGCCCUUUUGUGAAACCCCUUGUGGACAUGGAGCUCGAGAAUGUUCUUACGGCCCGGCUCAUUUCAGCUCUAGACGUUACGGACACAUAUGUGCAGGUUUCAUUAUUGGACGUAUUAUUUGCAGCGUUGAAGCUUUCUUUGAUGAGACCUGCAAGCCAGUUGGGGCAACUCAACAAGGAUGCCGGAAGUAUUAAGGGAGGACGGGCACCAAUAUCCAUUGAGGUAGAGAAAGCGACGAUAGCGCCGCCACAGCAACUUCUUAAAUGCCUUGUCGGUGGAUUUUCCAGCUCGAGUAGUCGACCGGUAUUGGACAGUUGGGUCAAUUUCUUGACUGAGUGUUUACCCUUACUGGAGAACGUUAUAUUUCAGAUUUUGAUGCCACUAGUUGAGUGCCUAUGCGAACAAAUAAGGCAGACCUUUCAUGCAUUAAAGCAGGUCUUCAGACAGGGUGAGCACAAUGGCCCAGCUUCACCAGUUAAUAGUCCAGAAGGCGCCUUGGUUGCUCUUCUACAUGGCCUUGAACAGAUACUGGCAGCAGCUCAUGACAAACUUGUUAACGAAGAGAUAAAGAGUGCUGGGGUCAAUACUAAAAGCCCCGAUGCGCCAACAGCUAGUACAUUCUUCGGUAAUAUGGUUAGCGGUGUUUUUGCACUCGAAAGUCCACAGCAUAGAAGCUCAACGGCAAACAACCGUCUCACGGUGCUCCUUUGUUUCAAAGAUACCGUGAAGAGCUGCUAUGCAAUCUGGAGUUGGGGUGAUUCUAACGCUAUCACUGGGGAAAGUGAGCUGGACCCCGGCAGCAAGGAGAGUUGGCAAUACAUCAGUAUACGGAUGAGAGGGCGUGCUCGCAGGAUUCUAGAGCAUCUCUUUGGCGCAGAAACUCUUGAAUGUUUAGAGACGUUGAUUGAACUCUGGCCAGCCAAAUUGACACCAGCGAGCGAUGUCAAGAAAACUGGGAGUAUAUUCAGACUUAUCAAUGUACUUGAUGGAUCAAGACCUAAACACACCAUUCCCGCUAUUUUUAAUGCCAUCUACUCAAGAACAAAUCCGGCCGCGCUAGAACCGAACCGUAAAUCGGCGCUCGCUUCUGAACUUCAAGACCUGGAUGUUGUGGUCUUCUUAGUAGAAUACGCCCGCAGUUUAGAGGAUGAUGCUAUGGACGAAAUCUGGGCAGAUUGCAUGGUCUUCUUGAAAGAUGUUCUUGCCAACCCAUUCCCGCACCGUCAGACAUUACCGAGUCUGCUAAGCUUCACGGCUAUCCUUGGAGAAAAGGUAGACAACACCAACUUUGGAGAACAGAGGCGAAUGAGAAAGGAACUAGGGGUAGGCUUCCAUUGCUAGUUCCUCUAUCAAUUGUUUUCGGACUGCGGUUGACGCUUUGCGCAGGAUCUUUUCAUAAGGCUACUAACUGCAGCAUUUACGGUCAAGCCGAUUGGCCAGAAUGUGCUGGAAACUCCGGCGCCAGUCGCCGGAGGAGAUAAAGAUAGGGAGAGGGAGAGGGAAAAGGAAAACGACGCAGAUAAUAAGGGAGAUCGGGCUAGUAGGGGGAAACCCCCCCCGAUUGACAUUGUAGCCGUGUUGGUAUCUACCGUGCCAGAACUCCGCAAGGUCCUCGUCGAGCCAGAUAGGGUGGUCGCUGCUUCCAUUGCAAUCUCGACCAAUGUAAUAGGUCCAACCUUCAGGUCCAAAUCAUUUCCACACAAUGUCACAGGAGGGGUAUUAGACCUUUUAUACCAACUCACACGAUUGCCUAAUAAUCAAAAAGCCUGGAAAAAAGAACUUUCUGAUGCUUUUCUUGAUCCCAAAUUCUUCUCAUCACCAAUUUCACUCGUCAAAAGCAACUGGGUUCCGUUAGCUCGGCAAUUCCUCGUCAGUGAGCGAGAACGCAUGGCGGAGCUUUUGGGGAGAAUCACUCCGCCUACAACAGCGGGUGUUCUUUUCGGCGUGGGCGCCACCUCGGCACGACAGGAGGCUGAUAAAAAGACCCAACUCAACCUAAGAAGAAUUGCGUUCUUAAUAUUCGCGGCGGAAGUAGACUCUUUCGUCGUUAAUCUCCCUGAGCUAGAAGAAAAGCUAGUCGAAUUGUUAUCUGCCACGGCAGUCACUUCACCAUCUUCGGCUACAAGGGGUGAUAUCUACCUCGUCUUCCGGGCACUAGCUCUCAGGACUUCUCCGGUACAUUUUUCCUCUCUUUGGCCGCUCAUCAACACCGAAUUACAAUCCGCUCUAUCAUCUCUCUUCCCAGACGAAGAGAACGACAUAUACACAGACUCCUCUAUUCUACAGGCUUGCAAACUCUUGGACACCCUAUUAGUCAUCGCUCCUGACGAGUUUCAAUUGCACGAAUGGCUAUUCGUAACGGACACGAUAGAAGCAGUUUACCGCCCGAACGACUGGAAUCCGACCGCUCUCGUCGAUCAAGUUGCAAGCGAGCUGCCUUCUUCCACUUCACAUGUCACAAUGGUGGAGAAUCGGCGGAGGCCAUGGUUGGCCGGAGAUCAGGUUAGGGAAUUGGAAAAGAGCGGGGGCGAUAUAAGAUCUGAGUUGCUGAGGCCUUUUUUCGGUAAUCUGAGUAUCUUUGUUUACGAAGCUACGUAUGGGAUGAAACCGCCGGAUGUGGGGGCUUGUGAGGAUGCGGUUUUGAGGGAUCUCUUCUCGGAGGAUGGAAGGAUGGGAGUUAGUUAGACAACCGAUGGAAGAAUAUGGUUGCGAUGUACUGUAUAUUAUGCUUGAGCAGCACACUCCAUGACGAGCAAUAAGGUUGGCCGGGCUCAAAGCAAGAGAUUUCCUCUUCUGUGUAUCUUUCUCCCUAUCUACGCCUAGAUCCUUCCCCGAAAGGCUUUAAAAUUCGUGCUGGAGGGCCGAAUAUGCAUGGCUCAUGUACAUAUUGUUUUUCCUACACAUAUCAUUCGCUAAUUAUGAUACUGUAACCAG